CAACAACAGGAAAGUGACAAAGUAAUAAUCGCCUACAGUUGAAAUACAAAGAAAUGCUAGACGACAUAUUGCUAAAAUAUUUCUAUUUUCAUAAGUAAUUAAAAUCCAUCUUGUGGAGAGUGGUUGUGGCAUGAGAUGAUCUGCUAUACUCUGCUGCUGCAGGUGUAAUGAUGUUUUAAGAGGCACAUUAUCUUCUGUACAUUUGAUGAGGUUUAUAAAGCUAAAAUGAGUGGGGACAUGGACUCAGCAAUUGAACUGGAUGCUUUAAGUUUAAACAAGUCAAAUAGACCUGCUUCACCGGGACAGAGUCAAUGGUCUCCUCUGUUAAAAUGUAAAGAGGGAAAUCUUCAACACAGGUUGGCGCAGCGUGAGGACUCUGUUUUCUCUGUGCCUAGUGGUGUGUCAAUGAAAAGUGAUCAGUCGAUGGGGCUUCCUAUUUAUCUCAACAAGGAAACAACCUGUACAGAACUAAAUCUACAGGCAAAUGCAGAUGCCAAAUCCUCAUUGCAGAAGGUGCCAGUGAAAAUAAAUUCCUCAAUGAAAGAACCCAUCCAAAUAGCACAUUCUCCUGAUGAUUUAAGUCUACAGGCAAAUGCAGAUGCCAAAUCCUCAUUGCAGAAGGUGCCAGUGAAAAUAAAUUCCUCAAUGAAAGAACCCAUCCAAAUAGCACAUUCUCCUGAUGAUUUAAGUUUGUCUUUCAGAGUUCAGAAGAAGGAAUCAAUAUCAAACUUUUUAAAUGUGGAUCUGAUCUGGACUCUUCAGUAUAAAAGAGCAUUGAGAGACAGGUAUCAAUGUAUAUUUGAGGGAAGUGAAGAGCACAGCACCCCCUCUCUUCUCAACAACAUCUACACUGAGCUCUACAUAACUGACAGUGGAGGCAGUGAGCACAACAGUGAACAUGAAAUCAGCCAGAUCGAGACAGCAUCUAAACAUCUGACCACAUGGGACACACCAAUCAAAGCUAACGAUAUCUUCAGAGCAUUUCCUGGGUCUACCAAACAAAUCCAAACUGUGCUAACCAAGGGAAUCGCUGGCAUUGGGAAAACGGUGUCAGUGCAGAAGUUCACCCUGGACUGGGCUGAGGACAAAGCCAAUCUAGACCUCCACAUGAUAUUCCCACUUCCUUUUAGGGAGCUGAAUGGAUUUAAAGGAGGGAAAUGUAGCCUUGUAUACAUUCUUCAGCACUUCUUUGAUCAGAGGAUAGACACAAAAGUGUUAAAUUCCAGCAAAUACAAGAUCGCCUUCAUCUUAGAUGGACUCGAUGAAUGUCGGUUUCCUCUAGAUUUCCAGAACAACAAGACCUGCUCCAGUGUGACCGAAGCAGUCUCGAUUGGUAUCUUACUAACAAACCUUAUCUGCAAGAACCUGCUUCCGUCUGCUCAGAUAUGGAUAACCUCUCGGCCAGCUGCAGCCAGUCAAAUCACUCCUGCUUUAAUUGACCGGGUGACUGAGGUACGAGGUUUCAAUGACCCUCAGAAGGAAGAGUUCUUCACCAAACAAAUAAGUGAUCCAGACUUGUCCUGCAGGAUUAUCUCACACUUGAAGUCAUCAAGGAUCCUUUACAUCAUGUGCCACAUCCCAGUGUUCUGUUGGAUUUCAGCGACAGUUCUUGAAAAGAUGUUUCGUGAGUAUGAAGGUGAAGAGAUUCCCAAGACUUUAACGCAAAUGUAUGCACACUUCUUGACUUUUCAGCUCAAGCAAAGGAGUCACAAAUACAAUGAGAAUUACAAAGCAGGUUUGAACAGGGACAGCCAAAGCACAUUGUUGCUUGGAAAACUAGCAUUUCAACAACUUGAAAAUGGUAACUUAUUGUUCUAUGAGGACGAUUUGAAGGACUGUGGCAUUGACCUAAAUGUUGCAUCUGUGUAUUCGGGAGUUUGCACCCAGAUCUUCAGAGAAGAAGCAGGUCUACACCAAGACAGGGUCUUUAGCUUUGUUCAUGCGAGUAUCCAGGAGUUCUUGGCUGCAUUUUAUGUCUUCUUCACAUUCGUCAACAGCCAGCGAAAUGUCCUCUGUCAAACAACAAAUGCAAAAAUUGCGAGUGCUUUCAAAAAACCUUCAAUGUAUGAGUUUCUGAUGUGUGCUGUGGAUAAGGCCCUAGCAAGUGACAAUGGACAUUUGGACCUUUUCCUCCGUUUCUUACUGGGACUCUCACUUAAGUCGAAUCAGACACUUCUUGAAGAACUGCAGACGGAGAUGUGGAGUGAUCCAGAGUCAACCAUAAAAAUUCUUCAGUAUAUCAAGGGAAAUAUCAGGGACCACACUUCAGCAGAGAAGGCAAUAAGUCUUUUUCACUGCCUCAGUGAGCUGAAAGAUGAUUCUCUGGUUGAGGAAGUGCAGCUCUUCUUAAGUGCAAAUGGUUUAAGCAGUGGAAAACUGUCUCCUUCCCACUGCUCUGCUUUGGCUUAUAUAUUGCUGACAUCUGCUGAAGAAUUGGACGUGUUCAACUUGACAGAAUUCAUUCAUCCAAGCAUGACUUCAAAUGAGGGAUUGUUGAGACUCCUGCCAGUAAUCAAAGUAUCCAGAUCAGCUAUGUUGAGAUCUUGUAACAUGACAGAGAAAAGCUGCGCAGGACUGACCUCUGUUCUCAGCUCAAGCCUCUCAUGUCUGAGAGAACUGGAUUUAAGUUACAACAAUCUUCAGGAUUCUGGAAUACACCAUCUUGCUGUUGGACUGGGGAAUCCUCAGUGUAAACUUGAGACUCUAAGACUUUUCUAUUGUAACAUUGGUGAAGACGGCUGUAUUUCUUUGGCCUCGGCUCUGAGAUCAAACCCCUCUCACUUAAGAGAGCUUGAUUUAACACACAACAAGCCUCACGAUACAAGUGUGAAAAUGCUUUCUGAUGUGCUGACAGGCACAAACUGUAAAGUGGAAAAACUCAGUUUGAUGGCUUGUGAACUGACCAGGAAAAGCUGUUCAGCUCUAGCCCAAACUCUUCAAUCAUCCUUUACAAGCCUGAAACAUCUGGACUUGAGUUCAAAUGAUUUUAAAGAUUCAGGAGUGGAACUGCUCAGUGCAGGUCUGAAGAACCCUUGCUGUAGACUUGAGAGACUGAGCCUUUCAGACUGUGGAAUGACAGCUGCAGGAUGUGCGAUAUUGUCAACUGCUUUGAAGUCAAACCCAUCACACCUGAGAUCACUGGACCUCAGCAUUAAUUACCUCACAGAUGCAGGAGUCACACAUCUGCUCCCUGUGUUGGAAGAUCCUUGUGUUAAUCUAGAGAGAUUAUGGCUGAAUAACUGCAGUAUCACACAUAAAAGUUGCCAGGUGAUUGGUUAUGCAAACAAAUCCAAACGCUCAAAUCUGAGAGAGUUGAACCUAAAUACUAAUGACAUACUGGACUUGGGUUUGAAGCAGCUUUUAGUGGGAAUUUGUAAUCUCCUGUCAGAACUGCAGUCAUUGAGUUUAACAUACUGUGGGUUUACAGCACAGGCAUGUGCUGUUGUGUCAUCAGCUCUGAGCUCUAACCAAUCACAAUUGAGAUCACUGGAUCUGAGAGGAAAUAAAUUGACAGAUUCAGGAGCUGAGCAGCUCUCACAUUUGCUGCUGGAUCCAAAUUGUAAACUAGAAAAACUGGAAUUGUAUCCACUCAUCAACUGUGAUGAUUAGGACGACUAAUGAAAGUGUUGUGAAGAGUAAAACAUGGACUUAAGAAGAAAUUGAGAAGUUUUAUUCUACCAGUUACACCAAGCAGACCUGAAAGAGAACUAAAUGCUGGUGUCAGCGAGACAUCAUUUCUUAUUGUUUUUAUCAUCUAAAUUAUUUACACCAACAAGGAAGUGAACUCACAGAAACUGCAUCUUGAAACGUGGCCUGGAACGUGUCAUCAUGGGAUUUGUGUCGUAUGUGCGUGACAUGAAUCAGGUGAAAGAUCUUGUCAAAGUUCAUAGUUCUUGAGCGUGAACAAAUAUGUCAUUUGUGAGCUGUUUGGAAUUCAGAUGAACAGGUGAGUUAAGAAGAAUGGCAGGUUUGCUGAGUCUGUUGUUUUAUGUAGCUGCUGAUGAUAAAUACACAUCUAUCUAUCUAUCUAUCUAUCUAUCUAUCUAUCUAUCUAUCUAUCUAUCUAUCUAUCUAUCUAUCUAUCUAUCUAUCUAUCUAUCUAUCUAUCUAUCUAUCUAUCUAUCUAUCUAUCUGUCUGUCUGUCUGUCUGUCUGUCUGUCUGUCUGUCUGUCUGUCAUCAGUUGGAUGGUAAUUUUGAAACAUAUGUAUAAAAUCAUGAGCGCUCACAUGAGAUGAGGACUCCAGUCACAUCAGUAACCUUAUAAAAGAUGUUUUAUUCUACAUGGGGUUCCUCAUGGGGGCUGCCAUUUUAGAAUCACAUGACCAGCUGAAUACUACUUGCUUACUGUAAUCUCUGUAACAGUCUUGUUAUUGGACACUUUCACUCUUGGAUUAAAUGAAUAAUGGCUGAUUGUGAAUAAUUAAUUUCUACAAUGGCAUCUGUAACUGAAAACAUUUGAUUUGGAAUGAUGCUGCAUCCACACCACCAGAUGUCACUGUAAGUUACUGAGUGCAUUUCUAAAAUUGCCCAAGGAUUCAAACUUCAAUAUACUUUUUUAUAACAUUGAAACUGUUCUAAACUUUUUCAGGCUAAGCUUUGUCAAGCCAGCAUCAAAAUUGUCUUUGUAUUUAAGGCUUUGUCUUUGUUACUUUUCUUUACUAGUUUUAUUAAUGUGUGUCAUUGCAUAUAUUGUUUUAUUUAUUGUAUCAUCAAACGGCCAAUUAUGGUCAAUAUAGUCUGUGAAGUGACGUAUUUUAUGGUUGCAGUGUCUCUAGUUUGUUACUGUAAAAUAAUAUCAGAGCAUUAAUAAUGCUGUGAUUCUCAGUGUGUACAGUAGGGGGCCGUACAGUCUCUCUUUAGUAGCAAGUCUUGAUGGCAAAUGUAUUCAUGUUUUAUUUAUAUGAUUCAAGAUGUAUGUCAUACCUGAUGUCUCUGUAAGUUAAAAUAACAAUUUGUUCUCACAUGUUCUCUGUUAUUUUAGUGAAUUAAAACACAAGU